AUGGCGACAGUAAGACUCACAUACUUUGAUGGCCGUGGACUAGGUGAAAUUGUGCGAUUCAUACUUGCAGCAUGUGGCAUUGAGUUCACCGAAACUUUACUCCAAGAGAGACAAGAGUAUGAAAAGUUACUGGAAGAUGGGAAACUGGAGUUUUAUCAGGUGCCUCUGUUGGAGAUUGAUGGGCUGGAGUUGGUGCAAACUGGUGCCAUUGUAAGAUACGUGGCCAGGAAGGGAGGAUUGUAUGGACACUCCAAUGCAGAACAAUCUAAGAUUGACAUGUUCUACGAAGGAACUCGUGACUUUUUCGACAGCUUUCACUUAAUGGUCUUCCAGGAUCCAAAGGAGGUGUUAGCAAAAGCCAAAGCUAAAGGUCUUCCCCGUUAUCUGCCAGUCUUUGACCAGGCCCUGAAAAAGAAUGGGACAGGUUUUCUGGUUGGCGACUCUAUGAGCCUGGCUGAUGUUAGCCUGAUUGAGCUCCUGCUCAUUGUGACGGAAUACUUCGGAGAGGAAACACUCUCAGACUACCCGUCACUGAAGGCUUUCAAAUCAAUGAUGGUCUCACAGGAAAGGAUUGCUGCUUUUCUGAAAGGCCCCCAGAGGAAGGGAGCCAACACGGAUGCUUAUGUCGCAACAUGCAGGACGGUCUUGAAGUUGGACAUUUAGGAUAAACGUACUAUAUGCAACAUCCCAAGUGUCUAUAAGUAGAGACUGGCUAGGGCGUGGCGUUUCUAUCCUGUCUAGAAAAUACGAAUCAUGCCUGUACAAAUGUACAAAGAAUGUUUAAACCAAAAUCGGUGUCACACGAUUGCACUCUUGCCUCAGAUCAUCGACCAGUUUAACUGAUUAGAUGUAACAGAGAAAGUCUUCGAAUGAGAUGUGAAUUAUUUCGUUUGAACUCGUUGUUUCAUGGGUACUAAUCAAGACUUAAAACCGAUAUCUUAGCCUUCCAAAGCUAGGGGUGUGUACAAUCAAGAAUCUAUAACCAAGAGUAUUGAAUGGUCUAGAUCUUAUCUGAUCUUUUAAGAGCGUAGCUAGAGUAUGGCAUACUUAUUUUAAACGCUAUGGUGUAAACAGUGAAUUUUGUCUAAUAGUGAAAAGUUGUUUUGUUUUUUUAAAUUCUAUCAAAUUAUCUCAGUUAGUGUAUAUGGUAUACGUCAUGGAUAUACAAGGUAUUCACCUUUCAAAACAACAAAAGUAGGCUUUGGUAUGCUGUAGUUCAUAUCUAAUACAGCGCUACAUUCAUGGACAUUCGAAAUACUGCUAUACCUGUAGUAUCCCUAAAAUGCUUCUCGGUAGAAUCUGCUGUUUUGGAUAAUUGAAAUGCAGACAUAUCUUAUACCGGACAAAAUGACGUCAGCAAGUGGUAAUUCCUAGUGGUAUUGCUAAGUGCAAGACAGAACAAUCUAUAUCCUAGUCAUAAAAUUAUUUUGUUGGCUGAAAUUGUCUAGAAAAAUGAAAUAGACAUUGAUGCUUCCUGAAAUACGUUAAAGGAAAAUAAACUAUGUUCAAUUCC